AAUCAACUCUGUGAGAGUCAACUCAACACUGGACUUUUUACUGUGUAGCCGACCUGACUCCGGUCUUUGCCCCGGUGUGCCGCCCGCUGGUUCCCGCCCUGAUGUCCGCUCAGGGUCUCGCAUCCUAACCACGUGUGGUCAUAUUAUUAGGCACAGCAUUUUCUUGUACAUUUCAUUCUGGUUAGACGGGAACGUUUGUCAUUAUAAGGAGAAGCCGGAGAGGGGGUAUUUACUUCCAGAGUACGUUGUUACUACGCAGCUGUACUCUGUAUCUCUCUGCUCAGCUGGACCUUCAGGUGAACCUGGGUCCUCCACUUGACUUUUCUCCCCGACUAAGUCUAGUUACUGUUAGCUGUUGCUGUUCAAUCUGAACCUGCAGCCUGGUCUUCGUUGUGGUGCCCUGGUGAGGACUCCUGCCCCGGACACACUGGCUGUUUCCUGCACCUCGGAGUGUCGUGUACUGCAGACGCAACAGAAAUCGGCCGUAGCUCGGUUUCUUUUCUCUGGGACACUUCUCUGGACUCGGGGAUCAAGGAAAUAGACGUAAAUCUGAAGUAACAGUAAGUGCGAUGCAGGUUGUGUGUCCCCGUGACAGCAGUUCGUAGACACGCAGCCCGACGUGUUCGUCCGGUUCACCUACACCCGAGAGGCGUCCUCGCCCAAUCAGUCUCCGUGUCCAACACGCACAGGUCUCACCAUGAGCUGGUCGGUGUCGACGCAGCCUCUGUCCCACGAUGUCUCCUCCGAUGGAGCUGAAUGGUCGACUGGGAUCUGUGACUGCUGCCAGGACAUGAAGCAAUGCUGCUUUGCAUUCUGGUGCUGCCCCUGCUUCGCCUGUAAAACCACCAGAGAGUUCGGCCAGUGUCUAUGUCUCCCUCUGCUGGACAUCUGCAGCUGCGCGCACCCCGCCACCAUGUCCGUCCGGCUCGCCAUCCGCCAGCGCUACGGCAUCAGAGGCAGCUUGUGCUGCGACUGUGUGCACUCCACCUUCUGUACGGCCUGCGUCUGGUGCCAGAUCUCCACAGAGAUGAAGAAGAGGACGCUCCCCACCGUGUUCAGUGACGUAUUCAGCCUAGGAUGACGUCAUUCUGGAUCCAGGCUUCAUCCGGUCUCUGGUUAAUGGAGUGUUUACAUGUUUACUGUCCGUCUAAAGUAAAUUUUUGUGUACUUGUUUUUGACAUUCUUGUAUUUUCUGUAAUAUUUGUCACACUUUUUAAUAAUUGCUGAUGUACUAAUUUUGUUUAUUCUGUAAGUUUGGUAUUUUUUAUUUUGUCCAAAGACAUGGUACUACUAUUGACUCUAUACAAAAGAUGGACCAACUAAAGUGUGACUUUUUUCUCAUACUAAUUAAAUAUUUAAUGUGUCUAUAUUCAAUACAGUACACUAAAUAUGAAUGCUAAAAAACAGUUUUCAUUAGGUUUUAGCUGAAUGUCCAUUUAGUGACUGGUGUUUAGAACAAAUUAUGUGACAUGAUCCUCCUCAGCAGUGCAAAUGUCAUAUUUCAAUAAUAUGUCAUCCAUAUUGGCUUAAACAUUGUUUCAUAGUUCAUUACUGACCCUGGUGAAAACAAACAUAUUGU